AUGGAAGGAGUUAACGUAUCGACCCAUCCUCAGAUCCCCGGGGAACCCACUAAGACCUCCACCGCUCUUCUCGAGAAAGGCACCGCCGCCGUUCAGAGUUUCGGACCCGUCAACAAGAUUCAUCAGCAUCUCUGCGCAUUCCAUUUCUACGGGCACGACAUGACUCGGCAGGUGGAGGCCCACCACUACUGCGCGCACCAGAACGAGGAGUUCCGGCAGUGCCUAAUCUACGACCGUCCCGAGGCCGACGGGCGCUUGAUCGGGCUCGAGUACAUAGUGUCGGAGGGCCUCUUCCUGACCCUGCCCGAUGAGGAGAAGAGGUUUUGGCACUCCCACGAGUUCGAGGUCAAGAGCGGAGUCCUCUUCAUGCCGGGCGUCCCGGGCCCCAUACAGCGCCAGGACCUCGAGAAAGUGGCCAAGACCUACGGCAAAGUUAUACACUUCUGGCAGGUGGACAAGGGGGACGCCCUGCCCCUUGGCCUGCCUCAGAUCAUGAUGGCCAUUACUAGGGACGGCCAGCUAUAUGAAAACCUGGCUCAAGAUGUGGAGAGGCGUUAUAAUGUGAAGUUCGGGGAGGAGAGGGAGAAGAGGGCGUACAUGGAAGGGCCGAGCCAAGGGAUACAUCCGAUGGCGAAUGGAGGAGGACAGGGCGUGCAGACAGUGCUGAGGGAGGUGGACUGCAAGCCUGCAGCUGCUUCUGAUGCAAGUCAUGUAGCUCCUGGGGCUGCUAGGGUCUUUGUUUAG